GCGCCAUUUCUCUAACAUCCCUUCCCUUCUCUGUUUCUCUGUUUUUUUUUCCUUCAAGAACAGGGGAGGGAGGAGUUUCCAGAUGCUCAAAUGUGUUUCAUGAAAUCAUCCACUUAUUCAUUUUCACUCACCCCUUAAGGCCAUAUCUACGCAUUGUUAUCUGACUUUUGGGCCCUUCACAAUGACCAUGGAAGGCUGUGAGGUGCUUGUCGAAAUUCCCAUGAGAGCUGAGAUAAAAGGGAUUGAGUUUUCUGAAGAAGAUCAAGGGAAGAAAGAUGGUGACAGCGAAGGCAUUGGGUUGUCCCCCAGGGGAGUUUUGGAGAUCCCUUUGUCGGGUUCGUCCGAUUCUGAUAAUAGCAGCACCGAGGGGACCGGAAGUUUUGAGGAAGACAAGCCAGAGGCAGCCUACUCUCCAGGUGGGGGCCUGAGGGACCAGCUGUUCGACCCGUAUGCGAUGCAAUGGAAGAAUCUAUUCAGUUCGAUUAAGAGGAAAUCUGCGAGGAGCAUCUCAAUCAUCCCAUUGCUUGGAGGUGUUGAGAUGAUCACAAGGAAGAGCAGGAAGAAGUUGUCAGGUAGCAACCGCAUCUCCGAUGAUUGUGGUGAUUUCUUGAUUCCUAAACCUUCUUGGAAGAAUUUUAGUCUCCCCGAGCUCGCGGAUGCCACUGAUAAUUUUAGUCCUGAUAAGUUGAUUGGGAAAGGGGGCCAUGCGGAAGUGUACAAGGGAUGCUUUAGCGAUGGACAAACUGUCGCAGUGAAGAGGAUAACAAAGCAAAAUAAAAAUGAUGAGGACAGAGUUGGAGAUUUCUUGGCAGAGCUAGGGAUCAUUGCUCACAUCAAUCACCCUAAUGCUGCAAAGUUAAUUGGUUUCAGUGCUGAUAACGGUUUACACCUUGUUCUCCAAUAUCUCCCUCGUGGAAGCCUGGCUACUGCUUUACACGGUGCUGAUCCUAAUAAGUUUCUCAAUUAACUGCAUUUUUUUGUAGACUACUUUUAGGCUAGAUCACCUAGAGCGAAAUCGAGUUUGAGUGCAAGCUCAUUUGUGUUGGGAAAAUCACCUCAAUUUUCUAGCGGAAGCAAUAAAUAAUUUUCCCGUCUUUGUGUUGUCAAAAUGGGCAAAAUCAUAUGACCAAUCAAGAAUAGCAAAAACAACGACAAGCAAUCAAUCAAGCGAUAAACGAACACCAAGAUUUAACGUGGAAACCCCAAAUCGGGGAGAAAACCACGAAGCCUUCCACUAAUCACCAAGAAAAUCAGUGGGUACACCAAGAAUCUUCUAUAAAUCAAUUAGAGGUACACACAAUCAUCAAGUAAUAACUUGGAACACCAAACAACAAUAAUCUUCACUAAAGAGUGAGAAAUC